UUUGUUCAGUUCAAGUGGACGCGUGAGGCGUUACAUACGUAUCCUUUUAUUUGUUAAUUAUUAAACGCAAAUAAGAAUUCUGGUGGCCAAGCAACAAUUUCCAAGUUCACUCCUCAAGAUUUAGGCUACACUUUGUCAGCAGUGACACAGGGAUAAAAUAUCCAAUGAAAUGUCGAGCAGUGACAUAAGUAGACAAACGUUCGAAAUGCCCGCUCUUGGGCGACAUUUCAGUUUGGGUACCGUUUACGAUGCAGUCAGAGAUAAAACCAUUCCCGGCUUUACUUUCUGGAAUGGAAGUGAUUUGAAAAACGUAAAAUCCACCGGGAACGCCUACACAGAAUUUUCAAUUAUUGCGUCAGAUAAACUCACCGACAAAUUCCAAGAAUUAAAGUUCAAUGGGUCACUACAAGUCAGCAUCUUGUGUGGCCAGAUUGAACUCGGCGGAUCGGCAAAUUAUCUCAACAAAAAGAAAAGCACAAGUCGUGAAUCGAGUGUUCACUUGACACUUCAGCGUCGCACCGCAGUCAAGGAAUUACUAAUGGAACAAUUAGACGAGAGCAAUAUGCGUUAUCCUCAGAUUCAAAGAAGUGGAAGAAUUGGUACUGCAACUCACAUCGUUACACAAAUCCAGUACGGUGCGGAAGCCACGUUCACCUUCACCAAAAAACGAAACGAAACAGAAGACGAGCAAGAAGUCAACGGACAGCUGAAAUUGGGUGCCGAACAAUUUACCAAAUUUCUGAAAGGGAACGCAAAUGUUGGAGGCAAUCAGGCAGACAACAAUCGAGAGAACGAGAAUAACAUCGAAUGUCAUUUUCAAGGUAACUUCGAACUGCCCAGUAACGUGGAUCGCCCAACAACUUACAAAGAAGCCAUCGAGUUCGCCAAAAAGUUUUUACAAUUUUCAUCCGAUUGGAUGGCCAAAGACCCUGCAAAUGGAAAUCAACCCCUAGGUGUGCCUAUUUCUGUUUGGCUCUACCCGUUGGUCUUGAUGCAAGAUGCCCAAGAUGCUCCGGCACUUCGAUACGAAAUUAGCCUUACGUUGGCGUCGCAAUGCGUUGGGAUCAUGGAAAACUACGGCGAAGUGGAAGAUGAACUUCGUUUUAUGCUUGAAGACCCGCUGGUCAAAAAGUUAAAUCCACUUCAAAAGAAGCUCCAAUUGUUCCAGCGAUGCCUCGCAUCUUUCAUUGCCGAACUGAAAAGAAAAUUGGGGGAAAUGGUCGUCGGCAUUCGUAGCGGCCAGGACUCAGCAGCGGAUUCUUUUCGACAGCUGACGAGUCGAAUCACUAACGAACAAUUCCCGUUCAACUUCAAUCGCCUUGACCGAUGGCUGGAUCAAAAACACAAGGAACUUUGUAUUAUCCGAAGAUUUCAAGAUGAAGCUAAAAAUAAAUUAGGAAAUCAGAGCAAAGUUCUUUUCUUCCCUUCUGCGAGAACACUACAACAACAAAUGACCAAAUUUCCAGUUGAUUUUGGUUUCGAAUUUUCAUUCUCACCGUUGGCUCUCUCAGAACCUUUGUUAGAACUGCUCAAUCAAACGCUCGGGACGAAUUAUUUUAAUGAAAUUUCCUUACCAACUAUUAAUUUAAAUUUAGUUCUCUGGUAUGAAAAUAGUUCUGUCAUUGAACGGAUCCAGAAGGAGAUUGACCUCUUUGUUAAAUUAGUGAACGCCAAAUCCAAAGACGAGAAAUUCACUUUUGUCAUUGCAGCACCCGACGAAUACAACGAAACGUGCGCGAAUCAAUUUUCCAUAAUUUUUCACCACAAACAGAAAAGGAUUUUGGGGUGGGAUGCAGUUCUGACUGCGUGCCAACAUUAUCCAAAGGAAAGAAUUGUCGACGUCAUACGCCUGUUAGUUGAAGAGGAAAUCGAUGAAACAUGGAAUGCAAUUCCUUUUCUUGCCUUAUGUCGAUAUUACAAGAAAGACAAUUUGAUCGACAUUGUCCGAUCGUUAAUUGAGAAAAAUAUCGACGUCCACUGCAAACAAAACGACGGGUGGAAUGCCCUCCUUAUCUUGUGUCGAAAUUACGACAAAGAAAAUUUGAUUGACAUUGUCCGAUCGUUAAUUGAGAAGAAUAUCGACGUCCACUGCAAACAAAACGACGGGUGGAAUGCCCUCCUUAUCUUGUGUCGAAAUUACGACAAAGAAAAUUUGAUUGACAUUGUCCGAUUGUUUAUUGAGAAGAAUAUUGACGUCAACUGCAAAAACAACAACGGGUGGAAUGCCCUCCUUAUCUUGUGUCGAAAUUACGACAAAGAAAAUUUGAUUGACAUUGUCCGAUUGUUAAUUGGGAAAAAUAUCGACGUCAACUGUAGGAUAAACGACGGAGACAACGCUCUAACUCUACUCUGCCAAUUUUACAAAAAAGAAAAUCUUCUUGGCAUUAUCCGACUCCUAAUUGAGAAGAAUAUCGACGUCAAUUGUAAGGACAACGGCGGGUGGAAUGCCCUCCAUUUCGUGUGUCGACAUUACGACAAAGAAAAUGUAAUUAACAUUGUCCGAUUGUUAAUUGAGAAAAAUAUCGACGUCAACUGCAAAACCAACAACGGUUGGAAUGCUCUUCAUUUGGUGUGUCGUUAUGCGCCUAAAACAAAUUUGGUUGACCUCGUUUCGAUAUUAGUUCUGCACAAAAUCGACAAAAAAGUUAAGACGACUGGAAGUGAAAUUGGGACUGCACGUUCUUUCCUUUUAAAGCGUUUUAAAGAAGAGGAGAUCGCAAAUAUUCUUCAAAUGUUGGAUUCAUAGGCGCAUAAUUUCUUUUGAAUCCUUGGACUGUUCACCAACAGGAUGUUUUGCUGCUUUUAAUACAUUAAACAAUAAUUUUAUUAGUUCGUUUUUAAAUUAAAUACAAGCUUUCUACCGGU